AUGACAAGCGCAGGAUAUCCCCUAUAUGCGGCGGCAUUUUUUGAUAGAACUACCCUGGUAGUAGGUGGCGGUGGAGGUGAGGGCCGGCACGGCAUAAAAAACAAAUUGACGAGCAUCAAUGCAAGUACGGGCGAAGUACAGCAGGAAUACGAACUACCCGCUGGAGAGGACAAUCCUACCUGCUUAGCUGCUGCCGGCCAGCGGAUCUAUGUGGGGGCCAACAGAGGAGCGAAGGCGAUCGAGGAGCGCAAAAACCUCCACUUGCGUGUGUUUGACAAGAAUCUCCAAGAGCAGACCGCUGUCGAUGCUCUCAAGUUCACUGAUCCAGCCGCGUACCAAAAGGCAAUUGCUGCUAGUGAGCAAAUCGUUGCUGCUGUCUCUGACUGUGCCGGUGGCGGCGCCCUCCAGGUGCUUGAGAGCGGCACUUUAGACUCGUUGUGGUCACAGACGGGCGAUUUUCUCGAUGUAGCAAUCUCGCCAGACAAUGCGCUGGUGGCCGUGGUCGACUCCGCCUCGCUGGUUGUCUACAACGCUGUUACCGGAAAGCAGAUCGCUAAACAAGCUAGUCCUAAGGGUGGAGCUAAAUGGGUCCGCGUUACUUUCACAUCCAACCUUGAGCUUAUUGCUGGAGCAAACAUCCCAAACCAGAGGGCCCGGAUCCAGCAGCUCAGAAUCCAGGACGACGUGAUCAAGGUGAUCCGGAGUCGAAGCGUUCCUGGAAAGUCUCUCACAUGCCUCAAGUCGACCCCUCAUGCUGUUGCCGUGGGCACAGCGGCAGGCGACGUUUAUCUCUAUACCAGUGCUUUGAAGUCGUUACGCAACCUGCGAGGAACGCUCAAGUUUCCGGUCACAGCACUGGCCAUAAUAGAAGACGGCGAAAUAGCCACUGUUGCCGCAACGUCUCUUGAUGGCUCUUAUUCAAUCUCCGAUGUGAGCUUGAACACCUUCUCAACGACGAUUUGGUGGGUGUUACUGUCGACGAUUACCAUCGCGUUCAUUGCGUUUAUUUCCGGACGUUUAAUUAGCAUGGACCUCCAGUAUUUGAGCUUCAGAACAUUAGAGCCUGCUGCCGCUCCAUCCAAAUAUCCCGGCGACGCUGCGAACGCCGACGCCAUGAGCGAUUUCGAGGCAUUGUUUGUCGAUACCAACCAGGGUGAUAAUAUUAGCUAG